UGAUGAAAAUCAGACGCAGGGCGCCUCCAGUCCAGCAGGGGGCGGAGCAGAGCCGUGGUGACGUCGUCAGAGGAGGAGGAAGAGGAGGAGGUUUGUGUUGCCAGCCUGGCUGUGAGGAUCGCUGAGAGGAGUCUGCGCUGCGGCUGAAGCUGAAGCUGUUCUCGGACACAAACUCGGUGAGAGCAGAAACCCUCCGCCCGGUCCUCACCGGAAGCUGACAGAGGUGACGGUUCCGGUUAUCCAGAAACUUCUACGGCUCUUUACUCUGAGCUGAACAGAUACAGUCUGUCUGCCAGCGAGACUCUGCGCACAGGUAUGAUGGCGCUCUGUGGGUGGUGGUUAAUCCACUUCCUUGUCUUCACUUCCUGCUCGGCUCACGACUUCUUCACCUCCAUCGGUCACAUGACGGACCUGCUGUUCACGGAGAAGGACCUGGUCACCUCCCUGAAGGACUACAUCCGAGCGGAGGAGAGCAAACUGGAGCAGAUCAAAAAGUGGGCAGACAAACUGGACGUCCUCUCGGCGGCUGCCACUCAGGACCCCGAAGGCUUCCUGGGUCACCCGGUGAACGCCUUCAAGCUGAUGAAGAGGCUGAACACGGAGUGGGGGGAGCUGGAGAGCCUGGUGCUCACCGACGUGUCUGAUGUGUUCAUCUCCAACCUCACCAUCCAGAGGCAGUACUUCCCCAACGACGACGACCAGACCGGCGCUGCCAAAGCUCUGAUGAGACUGCAGGACACCUACCAGCUGGACACCAACGCCAUCUCCACCGGAGAGCUCCCAGGCUCGUCCUCCACCUCCUCCGCCUGGAGCACUCUGACCGUGGAUGACUGCUACGACCUCGGGAAGGUGGCGUACUCGGAGGCCGAUUACUACCACACCGAGCUGUGGAUGGCUCAGGCCCUGAGGCAGCUGGACCAGGGCGAGCCGUCCCGCGCCGUGGACGCCGCCACCGUCCUCGACUAUCUGAGCUACUCCGUGUACCAGCAGGGGGAGCUGGAGAGAGCGCUGGAGUUCACCAAGAGGCUGCUGGACCUGGAUCCGACACACCAGCGAGCCAACGGGAACCUGAAAUACUUUGAGUACCAGCUGGCCAAACAGAAGAAGGUGGAGAAGGUGGAGGAGAAGGAGGAAGAAACCAAGGUGAGGCAGAGGAGGGAGAGCAAAGACGACUACCUGACUGAGAGGAAGAAGUACGAGCAGCUGUGUCGCGGCCAAGGCAUCAAGCUGACUCCCCGCAGGCAGAGCCGCCUCUUCUGCCGCUACUAUGACAACAACCGGCACCCGCGGUAUGUGAUUGGCCCGGUGAAGCAGGAAGACGAGUGGGACAGCCCGCACAUCGUGCGCUACCACAACAUCGUGUCGGAGAAAGACAUGGAGAAGGUGAAAGAGCUGGCCAAGCCCAGGCUCCGUCGAGCCACCAUCUCUAACCCCGUAACCGGCGUGCUGGAGACGGCCCACUACCGCAUCAGUAAGAGACGUGCCACGGUGCAUGACCCUCAGACAGGCAAACUGACCACGGCCCAUUACCGAGUCUCCAAGAGCGCCUGGCUCGGAGCGUACGAGCAUCCCGUGGUGGACAAGAUCAACCAGCUGAUCGAGGACGUCACGGGGCUGAACGUGAAGACGGCCGAGGACCUGCAGGUGGCUAACUACGGCCUCGGGGGACAGUACGAGCCGCACUUUGACUUCGGACGGAAAGACGAGCCGGACGCGUUCGAGGAGCUGGGCACGGGGAACCGGAUCGCCACGUGGCUGCUUUACAUGACCGACGUGCAGGCAGGGGGCGCCACCGUCUUCACCGACAUCGGAGCCGCUGUAAAGCCCAAAAAGGGGACGGCGGUGUUCUGGUACAACCUGUAUCCGAGCGGAGAAGGAGACUAUCGGACCCGACACGCCGCCUGCCCCGUGCUGCUCGGAAACAAGUGGGUAUCGAACAAAUGGAUCCAUGAGCGAGGGCAGGAGUUCAGGCGGCGCUGCGGCCUCAACGAGACCGACUGACGACCGACCUUCCUCCUCCAUCUCAGCCGUCUUCCUCCUCUGCUUCCUGCCUGCAGGCGCAGAGUGUGACUGAACAUGUGAUCCAACACGCUUAUUUUUCUCUACAGCGUGUGUGUGUGUGUGUGUGUGUGUUUGGCUCGUUUCUCCUUUAACGAGAAUGACACGCUGACGUUCAGACGUCCGUACCUGUCCAGGUGUUCAGCCUGAGAGCUAAAACUUCUCGAGAACAAAGAACGCUGAACGAGAGGUUCGUUUAAAGACGAGUAAAGUUUUUUGUUUUUUUGGAUCCAGGAUGUUUGAAAUCUCGUGAGCUUUGACUUAAAAGCAGAAAAUCUGACUGAUUUAAUCUGGUUCCAUCGACGGUUCUGCCGAUUAAACCAGCGAGUGGAACGAAGGAGCGCUAAAUGUGACAAAUUUUGAAUGGAGUUUGGCCCGAGGUCGCUAACACGAGCUCGGCAGCUAAAACUCUAAACCGACGUCCGUCCGUUUCAGUGUUCUUUGUUCUUCAGAUGAGUCAGACACUACAGACCGAGAAACACUCCGUCACCGUGGCACUCCCUGACCUUCACGACUGUUACAAAGACGGCGAGAAAUCAGAUUACUCUCGUCAUCACGGGAAUCAACCAGAAGCAAGAACCGAUCGAAUCUGAACCGACGAUCGAUUGUGUGGUUCUGUGAGACAAUCUUAGCUGAAACUGAGCUGCGUAUUUAUUGAUUUCUGACAGUAUUCGUGUGAACGCCUCUUCACUGUUUUUCAUCUGCGUUUUAAAAAUUUCUCUUUUAAAAGUUUUAAAGCGUUUGCGAAUUUUUUUCUGUUUCCUGUUUCUUUUUGAAGUCUGAAACGUGUCGCCGAGCUCCUGCUCCUGUCUGACUCGUGUCGCCUCAGCCGUGACAAAGUGGGUUUUAUUUUGGAAACUGUUCCACGCUUCAGCUGCCAUGCUCUUAUUCUGAAAAGCAGAAAAAACGAAAUGAGUCCAAAGUCCAUGAAAAGAAAAACCAUCUGAGGCUGUUUGAUUUACAAAUUCAGUCCAAGUGGAUUUUCCUGAGCGACACGGUGGCAGCGCUGUCCACCCGUCGUCAUGGUUACACCCCUCGUUUCCACCAAUAGCGUGAUGGUUUGAGGUUUAACCGUGAGGUCGUUCAGAUGCUGCAGGUCAAACUCCAGAUAAACAAAGCACGCCGCCUCCUCUUUAACCCUGUUAGCUUAGAUCUGAGUGCAGUUACUAAUUUCUGCUCAACCCCGUUUCCAUGACAACCCUCACUCCUGUUUGUGUGCCUGUUGUGUGUUGGAUGAUGUCCUGUGCAGUGACCUGAUGUAAGACAUGUUUCUUAUCAGAAUAAAAUGCUGCUGCAACCCAGGAGAAGUAAGAAAA